AUGUAUAGCUGUCCUGCGAUAAGAGAGAAAUAUGAGAACUGUCGAGAUCAGAGCAAGCCGUGCAGCAAAAUCUUGGGCCAAAUUUUCCGAAAGGAAGUGUUCCACACUAAAAAAUGGCGUAACACUCUCCCUGACACAUUCCUCUAUGGACAACGCGAUUUGGUAGAAGUCUUCGAAAUUCUUAUUGCUGCACUCGCCAACGAAGACAACAGCGUAAUCACUAUCCCCACUACAAAGGAAUCCAAGUGCAAGAGUUGUGAGAUGUCAACAUUCGGAGAUGAGACCAAUUCCACUCACUUAAAACUGGUGGUACAGUAUGACGGAACAUUUGUCGAGAGUUUUCAGAAUGCUUUCCAUGAAACGUAUGUGAACGUUGCUUGUCCCGGAUGCAAAAAACGAGAAGUGUGGCAACAUCCAGUGAUCGACAACAGGGACAGCGACCAUAUCUUCUUCACAGUGCACACUCCAAUGAAACACUUCCAAGACCUGACCACGGAUUCGGAAGUUCAGAUUUUUGGCCACACGUAUCGGAUUCGAGCAUUUGCCGACUAUUCAUCCACCACGCAAGGUGCAAGUGGCCACUAUCAAACAUGGGUUCGAGCGGAUGGAAAGAUGCACUGUGUGAGCGAUAGUACAGUAACAAUCGAUGGACUCACCAUGUCUACCGAUGCAGCAACUCCUAUCCAGCGUCUGGAGGACGAGAUGAAGAAGAAGACCGAGGACUUUCAGAAGGCUCGAUCGCAGAGAGGUAAGUUUCGCGCUCUGCACAUCCAAGCAGAGCGUAAGGUGAGUGGGGAGCAGAGGGAAAAGGCGCGUCUCGGCGAAGAGCUCGCUCUCGCACGCGCGCGCAUCGCCGCUCUCGAAACCGAGAAUGCGCGAUUGAAGGCUGCGAACGCCACCCUGCAAGAAAAUUAUGAUAUGUUGGACGAGUCGGUGUUCGAAAUGCCCUCCUCCAACUAUCGUAAUGAAGUAUUGCAGAGUGACGUUGUUAUGGAGGUAAAUGUCUACAACUUUGACUCGGAACCCGAAAUGGCUGAUGAGGAGGAAGAAAUGGAAGCGGAUCCGUUCGAGGCUGCUCCACGUCCGACCGAAAUGGAAGCUCCUGGAGAAGACGAAGAAAUUGCUGAGGGAUGUGCAAAAGCUGAUGAGGAAUAUGAGGAUGAGCUCGAUCCAGAAGAAGUUGUGUAUGGAGAUGAGCACAAUGCUGACAAGACUGCUUUGGCGCGUUCAAACGAUGGUGUUCGUGUCGCAAACAUUGGACAACGAAUGUUCGUCAGCUUGGCCGAAUACUGCUACUUCAUAAUUCAAGAUCGUAAAGGAAUAAACAGUCGAUUCCAAGGAGCCGCGAGAACUCUCGGACAAUUGUUUGUGAUCGACUUGGCUAUUCGAGUUUGGGAGAUGAGGAUGAAAGCUUCAACAUACCAUCGUGCUGAGUUCCCCUACGUCACCACCACCUCCUCGCUGAUGAAGACUUAA